AUGGACUACACUGAAAGUACAGAAGAUUGUAUGUACAGCAGAGGAGACGACUACAGAGGCAAGAUCUCCACCACUGAGAGUGGACACACCUGCCAACGUUGGGACUCUGAUCCACAAAAUAAGUACACGCCAUCAAAACACCCUGAGAAGAACUUUGAGGAGAACUAUUGUAGGAACCCUGAUGGAGAGGUCAGGCCCUGGUGCUAUUCCACAAACCCAUCCAAACCUUGGGAGUUCUGCUCUAUUCCUCGAUGUAAAGAUUGUAUGUACUGCAGAGGAGACGACUACAGAGGCAAGAUCUCCACCACUGAGAGUGGACACACCUGCCAACGCUGGGACUUUGAUACACAAAAUAAGUACACGCCAUCAAAAUACCCUGAGAAGAACUUGGAGGAGAACUAUUGCAGGAACCCUGAUGGAUCACCCAGGCCCUGGUGCUAUUCCACAGAUCCAUCCAAACCUUGGGACUUCUGCUCUAUUCCUCGAUGCAGAACUGAACCUGCCACAAUUGUACCAGAACACACCUGUAUUACUGGAGAUGGAAGCUCUUUCAGGGGCAAUAUUUCUGUGACCAAAUCAGGGAAAACUUGCCAGAGUUGGAUAUCUCAAACACCUCACAAGCAUGGCAGAACUCCAGAUAACUCCCCAUGCAAAGGUCUUGUAGAGAACUACUGCAGGAACCCUGGUAAUGACAGAGCGCCCUGGUGUUUCACCACAGACCCUGAGACCCGCUGGGAAUACUGCAAUGUGCCCAGAUGUCAAGAAGAUUGUAUGUACUGCAGAGGAGAAGACUACAGAGGCAAGAUCUCCACCACUGAGAGUGGAUAUACCUGCCAACGCUGGGACUCUGAUCCACAAAAUAAGUACACGCCAUCAAAACACCCUGAGAAGAACUUUGAGGAGAACUAUUGUAGGAACCCUGAUGGAGAGGUCAGGCCCUGGUGCUAUUCCACAAACCCAUCCCAACCUUGGGAGUUCUGCUCUAUUCCUCGAUGCAGAACUGAACCAGCCACAAUUGUGCCAGAACACACCUGUAUUAGUGGAGAUGGAAGCUCUUACAGGGGAACUAUUUCCGUGACCAAAUCAGGGAAAACUUGCCAGAGUUGGAUAUCUCAAACACCUCACACGCAUGGCAGAACUGCAGAGAAGUACCCAUGCAAAGGUCUUGUAGAGAACUACUGCAGGAACCCUGAUAAUGACAAAGCGCCCUGGUGUUUCACCACAGACCCCGAGACCCGCUGGGAACGCUGCAAUGUGCCCAAAUGUGAAGACCAACCUGAAUCUGAAGAUUGUAUGUACUGCAGAGGAGACGACUACAGAGGCAAGAUCUCCACCACUGAGAGUGGACACACCUGCCUACGCUGGGACUCUGAUACACAAAAUAAGUACAAGCAAUCAAAAUACCCUGAAGAGAAGUUGGAGGAGAACUAUUGCAGGAACCCUGCUGGUGAGCCCAGACCCUGGUGUUAUACCACGGACCCAUCUAAACGCUGGCAGUACUGCUUCAUUGCUCGAUGCAGAACUGAACCACUCACAAUUGUACCAGAGUUCACCUGUAUUACUGGAGAUGGAAGCUCUUACAGGGGCACUACUUCUGUGACUAAAUCAGGGAAAAGUUGCCAGAGUUGGAUAUCUCAAACACCUCACACGCAUGGCAGAACUCCAGACAACUACCCGUGCAAAGGUCUUGUAGAGAACUACUGCAGGAACCCUGAUAAUGACAGAACACCCUGGUGUUUCACCACAGACCCUAAGACCCGCUGGGAACACUGCAAUGUGCCCAAAUGUGAUGACCAACCUAAAUCUGAUGGUCUGAAAUGUGGACAGCCAGCAACAGAAACAAAAAGUUGCUCGUGGCGUGUUGUUGGGGGAUGUGUUUCUGAACCACACUCCUGGCCUUGGCAGAUCAGUCUUAGAAAAGGUCCAGCGAAAACUCAUUGGUGUGGUGGAACUCUGAUUGAUCCGCAGUGGGUCCUAACCGCAACCCAUUGCCUUAAAGAGUCAUCGAGUCCAUCUUUUUACAAGAUCUUCCUUGGAACCCACACAGAACAUGGAUCUGAAUCAUCCAAACAGGAACGAGAUGUUUUUAAAAUGGUUAUGGAACCAUCUGGAACUGACAUUGCACUUAUAAAGUUAGACAGGCCUGCAGUAAUAAAUGAUAAGGUGUCACCUGCUUGUCUGCCAGAAAAGGACUAUAUUGUACCACAUGGUACUGAAUGCUUUAUAACAGGCUGGGGCGAGACAAAGGGAACUAGUGGAAAGGGUUACCUGAAAGAAGUUGUCGUACCAGUAAUUAAGAAUAAAAUCUGCAACAGUUUGUUUUUUUUGGAUGGGCGUGUAAAAGAGCACGAGAUGUGCGCUGGACGCAUAGAGGGCGGAGCAGACAGCUGUCAGGGUGACAGCGGCGGACCUCUCGUCUGCAAAGCACAGAACAAGUUUGUUCUUCAGGGAGUGACAUCAUGGGGUCUCGGCUGUGCUCAAGUCCUGAAACCAGGAGUGAGCAUCCGUGUCUCUAAAUUUGUCAGCUGGAUUGAACAAACAAUGAAAGAAAACUGAUUCAUCUUAGUCACAAAGAUAUGCUGUGCCAUGAAAUUUAAAUGUACAAUGUCUGUGUUAAAAUAAAAUUAUGAUACAGAAGUUACAGCUCAUAUUGUAUAUGCUCAAAUUUGCACAAGUCAGAUGUGUUCACGGUCCCCAGUGUUGAUACUGUAUUUUACCAAUGAAGCUUGU